AUGGCUGCCAGGACACAUUCAUCUUCUCAACUUGACAUCAUCGUCGUCGGAGCUGGACUUGCAGGUCUGGCUGCUGCAAUAUCAUGCGCUCUUCAUGGACACAAAGUGACCAUAUUAGAAAGCGCCAAGGAGCUCGCUGAGGUUGGAGCUGGCCUACAAAUAACUCCCAAUGCAUCCCGGCUAUUCCAGGCAUGGGGAGUGUAUGAUCGCCUCAAACAGUCCGCCGCAGAGCCCACCGUCCUAUCAGUCCAUCGAUACUCCGACGGAAAGCUCUUGGCAAAGGACGAUCAGUUCAACGUGCACAUGCGUGAAAGAUAUGGCGCGCCGUUCUGGGAUCUGCAUCGUGUAGAUGUGCAACGGGAACUGGCCAGACGCGCAAAUGAACUGGGCGUAGCUGUGAAGCUAGGCACGAGAGUAUCGAAUAUCGACUUUGAUGCACCACGAGUGACCACUGAAUCCGGUGCGGAGUACCAUUGCGACAUGAUUGUUGCUGCGGACGGAUUAUGGUCGAAAUGUAGAGAGUGUCUGCUCAAGAAAAAAGACACGCCCCUGCCAACCGGAGAUCUGGCGUAUCGCAUCCUUCUGCCACUGGACCAGAUAAAGGAUCAGGAUCUUCGAGACAUGGUCUCGAAACCUGCGUGUCGCUUCUGGGUUGGGCCGAAAGCUCACGUUGUUGCGUACUCUAUUCGGGAUGGUACCAUCUAUAACAUUGUGUUGCUAGUCCCGGACGACCUACCAGAACAUGUGUCGAAGCAACAGGGGUCGGUGGAUGAAAUGAUGAAGCUCUUCGACGGCUGGGAUCCCGUUUUGACCAGAUUUCUGAAAUGCGUCACUACUGUGGAUAAGUGGAAGCUGAUGCAUCGGGACGAGAUGGACUCGUGGGUCAAUGCACAGUCAAACUUUGUCAUGAUCGGCGAUUCAUGCCAUCCCAUGCUCCCAUAUCUCGCCCAGGGUGCAAACUCCGCAAUGGAAGACGGCGCCGUCCUCGGGCGCCUCCUCGGCAGCCUAGAGCACCGAUCCGACCUCCCCAAACUCCUCGAGAUCUUCCAACGGCUUCGCAAAUCACGCGGCGAGGCCAUCGUCCGCGAGACAUUCAAGCAACGACGAGACUUCCACAUGGAGAACGGCCCUGAGCAAGAAGCCCGGGACGAGCUGUUCCUGUCCCAGCUCGGGAAGGAGUUGACCGGCGCAUUUCCAAGUCGGUGGACAUGUCCGGAGGUGCAGCCGUGGAUAUACGGCUAUCGUGCCGAGGAAGAAGUCGAUGCUGCGCUUGCGGCGGUCCGGGUCCUAGACCAGUCGGACACAUCAAAGGAGGAAGAGUUGCAGGCGGCAGCGAAAGGGUUCACAACGAUAGAGGCCAUUCGGAGUCACUGA